GUUGUCGGUGCAAGAUGCAUUGGUACAAGGGGUUAGGUGAAUAUCGACAAAAACAGCAGGCAGAUGUAUCCUUCGUUAGCGGAUAUCCCCAUUCCCCACGGUGUCCCAGCAAAAGAUGCCACAUCUCCAGGUUACCUAACUGCGACAGAUCUGGCGCGUUUUCAUGUUCACUUCUGCCGAAAGCUCUUGUGGCUAUCAAAUGACAAGAGAAGACGAGCAAAAAAUCGUAAAGAAUUCACCGAAGUAUCGUUGUGGGAUCAAGCAAGGUUCAGAAAAGGCACUAGGUGGGAAGAUCAACUGCGAGUCGGCCUCGAGUUACUUCACGGUCCACCGCACAUCAUCAGCGCUGGCGAACUCAUUGGUCUCAUUACAUUGGACACACGAAAGCACUUUUACGUUGUCGAUGUGGCAUUUGCCUCGCCGUCGUUCAGCAGGCAAUUUGCUUCCAAACGUUCUAUCAGAACUGUCUCGUUUGGCACCUUUAAACCGGACUUUCUAGAAAUAUGGAAGCAUACGGAUGAGGGUAACUUUACGCAGAUCAGAUGGCGUGUCAUUGAUGCUAAGGCGUCGCGGAAAGUGAAGAUAUCCCAUCAAGUGCAGAUCGGGUAUUACUGGCUCGCCCUCAACGAGAUAUUUCAAGAAUGGGUUGCAGAACAUCCCAACAGGGAUGUUCAACUCAUUGGGGAUGACACCGGCGUUGUAUGGAUCCCGUCGACAAACUCGCGGCAUCCUACUUCUGGGCAGUUCUCGGUUUCUCUUCUACGUCCGCUUCUGGAAGAUUUUCUUUUCCGUGACGUUCCGGCUAUCCUGGGGCGGGAACUUAAAAAUGUACCCUGGCAGUACAAUUCGCUUUGCUCAGGCUGCGAGUUUAUGGACAGGUGCAGGAAGGAGGUGGUAGACGAAGAGAAACUGUCGAUGAUACCGCAGUUGUCAAUGAAGGAUCAUCGAUUUUUGCUGCAUGUAUUAGGUUAUAUGAGGAAUAUGAACUCGGGUCACUGCGCGAUAGAGCCAGAGAUAGAAGAAUUGCACCGAUUGCUUCAUCCUUCUAAACCGAACGAGUUAGCACCAAUAGAGCGGCUAAUGGAGAGUGUGCCAGGGACGUAUGGUCGUGUGCAACGUCUAUUACAUUUAAAUCUUGAUGCAGUCAAGCAACGGAAAAUUGGCUCUUGCGAGAUAGAAGAGAGCCCCGUUCUACGAUCGGCCAUUAGGCAUACCGUUGAAAUCCUCGGGAAGCGGUGCUUGGUGUUCCCAAGGAGGGAGGAUGUGGCUGUGUAUUUGUCGGUGGGCAUCGACCCGGAAACGGACAAACUGUUUGGUUUUUCGAUCCGUGCUGUAUCGCAAUCCCCUGGUACUUUUGAGUUCAAUCGUCAAGUGGUCGCUGAUGCCAGGGAACCAGACAUUACGCGAAUGUUUGUGGAAACGCUUGCGAAUGUGAUUCGACAAUUGAUUGCCAUAAAAGAAAGCAAAGAGGACGAAAACCUUUACGUUCAAUUUUUCGUUUUUGAUUCAAACGAUCAGGAAACCAUCACCGAGUUUCUCGUAGCCCAAGCCUGUGAAAGCAAUGCCGAUCCAGAAUCCAUUCGACUGUGCAUUGGUGCGCUUUUGGAUCAUUCGUCAGUUUUGCUUACGACAGUCCAACCGGAACUCCUGGCGUCUGCGCUGCUCUUCAAGCCUUCUAAAGCGCUGCGUAUUGCAGAAGUGAAAAAGUAUCUUCGGGUUUUUGGCGGACCGGACGUGGAUUUGUCUGGCAAGAAGGAAGUAUUAUACGCAAGAUUGGUGGAAUGUCUUUCGCGUACGCACAGCAGUUUCCCGCACGGCAGCAUCGGGCUGCAGAGGAUGCUACCAAGACUCGUCUCUAUUCAUGCUGCUGUUACGGAGAUGGUCGCAAUCCCCGAACCGGGCUUCUACGGUCUAGAUGAAUGUGUUCGAUGGUUGGUUGAUGGGCAAAGCACUUCAAAGGAGAAUGUCCAUGGAGAUCAAUGGCUAGUUGCAAUCUACAAAGCCUGGAAGGCAGGUGAUGUCCAAAGAACAUCGCUAUUACUGCAGUCGCAUGGAGAAAUGCUGCAUAGAGUCUCGCGUGGUCUCCGAGAUCGGAUCCAGGACUAUUGUACGCGUAAAGAAACAAAUAUGGAAUGCAUAUUGCCCAAUGUUGCAAGGGAUUUUCAUGUAGUGUACAUCGAUAUGUGCAAAGACAAGCAUUUGAGAAGGUUACUGUUCAUGGCACAGUAUGAAAUGAUCAGCACUUUGAAGUCGCACCUUCUUUCCCGUCUCCACAACACGGAGCCUAUUCUCCUUUCCUAUCGGUCAAAGCAACCGGACUCUUCCUAUGAAUAUAUUUUCAACGUUCAUAGCGGCCUAGCUUAUCUUGAUACUGACCCAGAUUGGGUAGCGUACAAAUGGAUUCUCGUGCGGGAAGGCUCGGAUGCAGACUUGAUGUUUGAUGAUCUGGCGUAUUUCGAUACCAACGGUGAGCGCCUAUGGAUAAACGGGGAGGAACGGCGGGAUAUUGCCUUUGCGAAUAUUAUGGAUGUCGAAGUUGGCGAGCAAGGCGUGCAGGUUCGAAUCAAAUUGCGAGCGGCUGGGUGUACAUUGAAGGGAGGUACUUUUCGACUGAAGAGGCGGUUAGUAGACUUCAACACUAAAAAAAUUGUGAAAACGCUGAUCGACAUUGAUCAGACUGCUCAAACAAGCACUCAAAGACCCCUUUUCCUUCGCAUGCUAGAUGAUGUUAACAUAGUGGGAGCUGAGCGUCCAUCUAACGCAGAGGACGAUUUACGAGCGGAAGCGCGUUUGCAGACAUUUUAUCGAGAAGUGUACACGCUCUCUGGAGCUACCGAAAAGCCGUUGUUGUUCAUGGGAUCGCAAAACAAGGCUUUUAAAACGAUCCUGGGUCGUUCGAUUACACUAGUUUGGGGACCACCAGGACAUGGGAAGACCCACACACUCGCUCUCGCCGCUCUCCGUCUCAUAGAGCUCUCUGGCCGUCGAUCUCCUGGUACCCCGUUUCGAAUUCUCAUGACUUCCUACACAAAAGCUGCACUGGCGAAUUUUACCUCUAAACUUCAGCGCCUUAUCGAUGAAGUCAAGUCAAUUCCCAACAUGGAACACGGCGACUGGCGGCAACAACUCAAUGUUGGCUUGUGCGAUGACAGGAUGCCUUCUCCUGCUACAUUGCCCCUACACUCGAUCGUCGCGGGCACAGUCUGGAAGCUGUGGAAAUGGAUGGAAAGCAAUCCAACUAUUGGUGCAGCUUUUGAUGUUUUGAUCAUUGACGAGGGUAGUCAGAUGCCUGUCGCCGACGCUGCUUUGGCCAUUUCCGUACUGUGUUCUGGGACAAGCAACGUAUCCAAACGAGUCAUCAUCGCGGGAGAUCAUUUGCAACUUGCUCCCGUUUUGAAAGGAACUUAUCCCAAAGAGACCGGGCCGGGUGAUCCGCAGCUCUAUGGAUCUAUUCUCGAGUGUUUAAUGCGAGGGGAUGAUGGAGAGGCGGUAGUCUUGCGGGGUAGACGAGUUUCUCCAGAUGUGUUUGGGCCUCUCACCACGAUGUUGCGCGAAAACUUCCGAAUGGUAAAGGAAUUAUGUACAUUUACGAACACCAUAUACCGCGGAGGGCAAUUUGAGCCUCAACGAUCGUCCUUGGUACCUGCAAGAUCGCUACCCCACACAUUGCGUGGUCUUUUCCAAUCCACCAAUGCCCUUUUAACAGUCAUUUUGAGGCCUCGAUCACAUACACCACUUGACAUGUUGCCUUUUGAAUUACAUUUACAGACGGAAGCUAAAGUGGUCGGCUGGUUGGUCGAGGCGCUACUAGAGAAUUUCGAAGGGAGAGUUUUCGUUAUUACACCGCAUCGGGCACAAAGGUCCGCUGUGAAUGAGGUUUUGAGAAAGAGACAGGUGAAUGGUGGUGAUCGAAUCAGAGUGGACACUGUGGAGAGAAUGCAAGGCGACGAGGCAGAGAUCGUCAUUGCCUGCUACGGAUUUACGACGCAUUUCGCACAAUUCGAAUCCGAGCUAGACUUUGUCUUCCACCGCAACCGUCUCAACGUUGCUCUAUCGCGAGCCCGCAACAUGUGUAUCCUGAUUGCAUCGCAAGCCAUCUUACACCCACCUGUUUCGGUCCUGGCUACUCACGAACGUUGCGAAGCUUUUGCGCAUGUUAAAACAUUUGUUGAGAGAAGUGCCGUUGUGCAGUGGGGCGUCGACAUGGUGGGUGAUGAUCAUGGUGCGCCGCUGAGGGACGUGACUGAGGAAUUGGCGGACAGGAUGGAAAAUAUGGGAUUGGGAUAAAUAAUGGAUGAUUAUGCAUCAUCACUAAAUUAUAUCAGCAUUUGCGAUUUUGAGUAACGAUCCUGACCGGCCGUGCCAUGUACGCAACAGUCAUUCAAACAUGG